UUAGGUUGUCUAAAACGUAAACUAAUGAAAUUUUAGAAAUGUUCUCUGAAUGUACUGCAGUGGGUUCGGUGCGGUGUAGAACGGACUCGCGGGUUCUCACGGGGAAAACUAUACAUGUGAUAAAUGUCAACGGGGAUCGAGUUCGGUGGUUCUGCAAAGUUGUAAUAAAGGAGCCUUUGAAAUGUUUGAGGAACGCACAUGUUGAACAUAACCUCAAACUCCUCGCGAUGCAGAAACUCGUCAAAGUGUGGCAAAUCGGCCGCCUUAGCUACUCCAAGAGCUUAAAACUCCAAAAGUACAUUGUCAGCUUGCACCACAAAAACCACCCCUUGUCAAACACCCUUCUGUGUGUGGAGCACCCCCCUGUCUACACCAUUGGAAUUCGAACCAAAGACUACCCCCCAUCAGUCGAAAAACAACUACAAAACCUAGGAGCCGACUUUUUUAAAACGAACAGAGGCGGACUCAUUACAUUUCAUGGGCCAGGACAACUGGUGGUUUACCCAAUUAUUAAUUUAAAAGACUUCAAACCCAGUAUGCGAUGGUACGUUUGUCAGAUUGAAAAGACUGUGAUCCAAUUAUGUAAAAAAAUGGGGUUGGAGGCGGAAACGUCGCCUCACACAGGGGUGUGGGUUAAAGAUAAAAAAAUAUGUGCGAUUGGGAUUCAUGGUAGCCGGUUUGUGACGUCGCAUGGGCUUGCCCUUAAUUGUUGUACUGAUUUGAAGUGGUUUGAGCAUAUUGUGCCUUGUGGAAUAGAAGGGAAAGGUGUUACCAGUUUGUCAAAGGAACUGAAUAGGUUUGUUGGUGUAGAAGAAGUGAUUCCGGUGUUUUUGGACUGCUUUUCAGAACUGUUUGGUUGUAAUUGGGUUGAUUUUCCCAAAAAUGACUGUGAUAAAAUAUUAGGCGAUAUUUUAUAACAUUGUUAACUGUGUAAAAAUAGAGAAUACAUUCUAGUCACCUUGUUGUUCAA